AUGGAAAGUCACGCUUCCGCCGCUCAGGGCUUCUGUUUGUGCCAUUUGAUGAGCGUGUGGCACACAAUCGGACGGAUUGGCCUCUAUUUGGGCUACUACAAUGUGGGCUAUGCGGAGCAGCAGCGUCGCUUUCUGUGCGACGAGCAGCUCUAUGUCCAUCUGAUGGCUUUGGUCAACCUGCUGGCCAGCCUGGCCUACCUCUCGCUAAGUCAACUCUGGAUCUACGAUCCAUUUGUGUUUCUGUUGUAUGUCCCACUGUAUGUGUACUUUCUGCUGCUGCGCAGGCACUUUACGGAGCUGCUAAACGAGUGUGCAACGAUCCACAGAAAGAUCCAGCGGAUCCUGGGCACACUCCUUUGUGUGCGCAUUCGUCGCGAGUGCUUCUACACGCUCGCAUUGAUUGUCAUGUUCAUUUUGCUGCUCUCGUGGCAGCUGCGCAUGUACUCCUUCUAUCAGUCCUGCUUCAUUGGGGGUGUGGCCUUCAUCUAUCACCUGGAACUGCUCUUCUUUGGCAGCUAUCUAUUGUGGCUGUCGUGCCUCUAUCGCUCGCUGAAUACCUUCCUCUUGCAACACAUGCGAAGCGAUCGCAUGGGCAUCCUCAGAGGUCUAUUACGCGAACAGUCCAGCAUUUGGCGCGUUCAUCGCAGGGUUUCCCGAUAUUUUGGUCUACAUUUUGUGAGUUUCAUGGCCAUGCCUGGCCUACGACUGCUGUUGAUGUUGCAACCUGGUGCUGGGCAGCAAUUGAGUCUGCAAUUGAUCUACAUGCUGAUACUCCUGCUGCUGUUGGCCCUGCUUCUGUUGAUUGCCUUGAAUCUGCAGCGGCAGCAGAGCAGCUUUCAGCGGAACUUUCUACGUCUGCGGGAUGAUCCCAACUAUUUUGUAUUGAAAUCUUGGCGCCUGUUGCAACAUCGUACACUGCCGCAAGCCUUUGGUGUGACUCUGAUGAGGCGACGGCAGUAUCUAAAGAGGCAACAGGAUAUUGUGACUAUAAUGUUCUCUACAAAUUUUGCUGCCACUCAAUUGGUGGCACAGCCUCUCCUGCUUGCUUCUGUGGGCUGCAAGUCCUGUCUCCUCACACUAACACUGGCCACAUUCAGAACUCUGCUCGUCACACACCUACGGGAGUUGUUGCUGCUGUUAACCCUACGCUUAUUAUUCUACAAACACUUUCAUUUGUAUGAAAAUGGUGACGAUUUCCACAUCGAUUCUAAUGGCAAUGUAACGCAGACAAUUAGUCAGGUCUAUCGCUUCUAUUUCUAUGAUGAAUUCGAGUGA